UCCGUGAAGAUGGAACGACCUAUCGUUACUGUAAGUGAAGGACAACUCCAGGGUAUUAGGUUGAAGAGUGUUCUGGGCCCUAAUUACUACGCUUUCAAGGGAAUUCCCUUUGCCGCACCACCGUUAGGUCCAUUGAGGUUUAAAGCACCGCAACCACCUGCAAAAUGGGAUGACGUACGUGAUGCUUCUAAUUACGUGGGUGACCCUUGCAUGCAGUAUUCGUACGAUAAAGUUCGUAACAUUAUAGGGAGCGAAGAUUGCCUUUACCUAAGUGUAUUCACUAAAACUCUUAGUCCCAACAGACCAGUGAUGGUAUUUAUUUAUGGGGGAGGUUUCGCUGAUGGUACAACGAACAGCGAUGUAUACAGGCAAGACUAUUUAGUUACCCAAGAUGUCGUAUUAGUGAACAUUAACUACAGACUAGGACCAUUUGGCAAGUGUAUUAGUUUAACUAUUUUGAUAAAACCAUAA